CCCUAGUGACCUUAGAUUCAGUGGCCGCUUGCCUCUCCCCGCCCCUUCCCUCAAGAAAGAUGGCGGCCGCCUGUGCUGGCUUCCGUUGACUGUGUCGUGGACUUUGCUCUUGGGCAUCGUCGGGGCUCCGGGCGUUCUUUCUCUAGAGGUGGAUAGCAUUCUUUCUCACAAGUCUCUCAGAGUUGUCCUACAUCACCAAAUCUUCUAAGCUCCCUGGAUCCAUCCUUGAAGAUCCUUUAGGUCAUAGUGAAGAGCUGGACAAAAAUGGUGUCAAAGCAGGCCUUCCUCUGCAGCCUGGGCUCUGUCUACUUGUCAUUGCUAUUUGUUUUUCUCCUCAUGGAUGUUUAUGCCAGACCUGCCAACAAUUCAGCCUUGAAGGAGAAGGGGACUGACAAAGAUGAGAAUGAGAUCCUGCCCCGAGACCACCUGAACGGGGUCAAGAUGGAGAUGGAUGGGCACCUGAACAAAGACUUUCACCAGGAGGUUUUUUUGGGGAAGGAGAUGGAGGAGUUUGAUGAAGAUUCAGAACCUCGAAGAAACAGAAGAAAACUCAUGGCAAUCUUUGCAAAGGUGGACGUUAAUAAUGACAAAAGGAUUAGUGCCAAAGAGAUGCAGCGAUGGAUCAUGGAAAAGACAGAGGAGCACUUCCAGGAAGCUGUCAAGGAAAGCAAGAUGCAUUUUAGAGCAGUUGAUCCUGAUGGUGACGGCCAUGUGUCUUGGGAUGAAUAUAAAGUGAAGUUUCUGGCAAGCAAAGGCCACAAUGAAAAAGAGGUUGCAGAAAAGAUAAGAAACAAUGAGGAGCUGAAAAUUGAUGAAGAAACCAUGGAAGUUCUUGAUAACCUCAAGGAUCGAUGGUAUCAGGCUGAUAAUCCUCCACCCGAUCUACUGCUAAAUGAAGAGGAGUUCCUGUCCUUUCUUCAUCCAGAACACAGCAGGGGCAUGCUGAGAUUUAUGGUCAAAGAAAUCGUCCGGGACUUGGACCAGGAUGGUGAUAAGAAGCUUGUUUUGUCUGAGUUCAUUUCCCUGCCAGUGGGCACAGUUGAAGACCAGCAGGCCCAGGACAUUGAUGACGACUGGGUGAAAGACAGGAAAAAGGAAUUUGAAGAAGUCAUUGAUGCCAACCAUGAUGGGAUUGUCACCAUGGAAGAGCUAGAGGAGUACAUGGACCCUAUGAAUGAGUAUAAUGCUCUCAAUGAGGCCAAGCAGAUGAUCGCAGUGGCUGAUGAGAACCAGAAUCACCACCUGGAGAUAGAGGAGAUUCUGAAGUAUGGGGAAUACUUCACAGGGAGCAAGUUAAUGGACUAUGCCCGGAACGUCCAUGAAGAGUUCUGAGGCCUCCCUUCUGCCCGCCCGCCCCAGGCCCACCCCUGCCCCUGCCCCACCGACAAGAGGAUAGAUUCUCCUGCUGCUAUUUGUGUGCGUGUGUGUGUGUGUGUGUGUGUGUGUGUGUGUGUGUGUGUGCUGCUUGUGUGAGUGCGUGCUCUGUGUGUGUGUGUGUGCGCACGCGUGUGCACAUGUGUGUAUACUACUCGCAUUGUUUGGAAACAGCGAGCCUUCCAUCCACCUAGAACUCUAAACGUUUGCUUUUGUAGAUACUGCAGCCCCUCCUGGGUCAGCAGUGAACAACCACUUGGAAUGGUGUUCCCAGAGCCACCAGCCCCCAUCUUCUCAAGCAGACCCCUCCUCUGACUCCUGUGAGACAGCUGAGUGGGCCUGGAGGUGGCAAGGGGCUGGCGUGGCUUAGAAUGGAGCCAACAAUGGCCUUUUGAAGAAAGAAGGACAGGGAUGGGCCUUCACAACUCCGUAUCAGUAGCCCAGGUCAGUCCACCAAGUGCUCUCAGGACACCCCAUGGUGUGGAGGGCCAGGGAGGCCUCAGGCCUGAGCUUCACGGCCUCCCCUGGAACCACGUGAAAAGGACUUGCGCAAAAGUUCACUGUAGCUGCCUUGGAAUGAGUUGAUCCUUAGAAUCCUCCAGGGGAGAGGACCUUAAUUUGACAAGAGCAGCAUGACUUCCACUGUUUUAUGUUUUCUGGAGUAUUCCUCAGGGCAUACUUGGGGGUGACUGAGCCAGAGUGUGCUGCAGGGCUCAUUUUAAAGGGACAGGCUUUUCCUUCUUGUUGCCCCAAUGAUGAAGACGUCUCUUUUGGAACAGAUUCACUGGAUUGCUUUGAGACACUUAUAUUUGUAUUGGGCCUCCCCUGCCCUUCCCAUUACAUUAAUUUGUCCCAGUGGCAGUUUUGUUUUUCAGAUUUAUUAAAAAUCGCCUCAGAAAGCUU